CGCCCCGCCCCGCCCGCAGCGGGGGACGAGCCGCCGUUGCCGCCGAGCCGAGCGGCGGCCUGCGCCGCCCCUCGGGGCCCGGUCGGGAGCAUGGGGCUGAGGAUGGAGAGCGGCAUCAGGCGGAGCGAAGUGAGUGAAUACCCAGCUGUUGGCAUUCCCAGAUGUGGUCCAGCAAGUCCGUUUAAAGGACACUUGAGCACUAAGAGUAAUGCUUUCUGCAUUGACUCCUCCCGAAGUCUAACUAGCCAGUACCUGAUCAGAGAUCACAUGGUGUUUCAUUAUAACAAAAUCCUUUCAGCCAAAGCAGCUGUAGACUGUUCAGUGCCCAAGAGUAGGUUGACCAGCAUCAAAUUUGCUGACCAGCAAAGAAGAGAGAAACUGAAAAAGAAGAUAGCCAGGUGUGAAGAGGAAAUGAGUGUGGGUAAAACUGCCUCCCGAUCCAGCUCAAGAGAGAGUGGAAGGCUGCUGCCAUCCUCUUUUGGAAAGAGUUUCUUAGAAGCAGAAGACAAAGACGGUCUCUUCCCCUGUGCUCAGCAGGCACAGUACCUAUCAAGAACGCUGUCUCCUUACGGCGAGCAUGGCUUGGUUCACUCCAGUCCAGUAAAAUAUGCCAGAAAAGAUUCUCGGAAUACAUCCAAUGCAUCUAACUCAAACUCAAGAGUCAGUACAUCAAGUACGCCAAGAAAACACUCUGGACUUUCGUGCAGUUGCUCCACUGAUAGUUCUGUAAGCAUUAGUCAUUCUCAGAGGUGUCAAGGAAGCAACUCAAAAGCAUGCAGUGGGGAUCUUCUAGACAGGCACCCUGAGUUCUUUACUGAUCGCCGAAAACCUUUUACUCCACGCACCUUAAUAUCAGAUGCUAAAUCUUUCCUGUCAGAGUACAGGUAUUACACUCCUGCUCGAAGGAAAAGGAAAAAUCAUCGCAAGCAGCAUGUGGAAGCUCAAACACAGACUGAUGUGAUCAGCUUUCCAUCUGCAGACAAGGCAUCUGAGAGAAAAGUUAUGACUGAACAGCAGAAGAUCACAUUGAAGAUGAAUGAGUUCUGUAGAGGACAGAGAGCUUCAGAAGAACGAGUGGAAACAGCUGAAGAUAGAAGAUACACUGUGGAUGAGCCUGAGAGAGAAAUAGCUGCUUUUCCGUAUUCCUUCCUAAGAGAGACGUCGUUGUAUUCUCAGCAGUCUUCAGCAAGGAGGACUAUUGAGGCUGAAGAAGAGGAGCUUUUAUAUUUAGCUUUCAUUGAAGAUGUAACAAAUGAAAUUCUUAGCCUUGGGCUGUUUUCUGACAGAGUUCUGGAACAACUGUUUGAGUGUCAUGUACAAGAAAAUAAGAACCGUUUGGAUGAGAGCAAAAUGCGCCACUUGUUGGAUGUACUGAAAGCAGACCUCGGCUGCAGCCCGGGCAGCGGUGCGCAACAAAUCCACGCAGGCAGGGAAGCCUUUGACUCGCUGGAUCUGCAAGAGUUUGAUACAAUGGAAGAGCUCAAGUUUACCAGUAAAAGUCAGAGGCAAAGAAAAGCAACAAAAAGUGAAGAAUUCUUUGGGACCGUGGACUUACCAUUAAAGGAACCAAACAAAUAUGAAUCGCCAGUGUUCAGGGAAAGUUCAAAGGACACACAGAGCAAGGAUGACUUUUCAGAAGGUGUUGCUGACAUGAUGGACACUAGGAGAGAGUCUGAUUCUUCUGUGAAAUCUGAAGAAGACUCGGAUGACACUUCACCCUCACAUGAGGCAACUUUAAACUUGGUUACUUGUGACAGUUAUUUGGAAGCCAACAAGGAACUUGAUGAUCUUGAGGAAAGCUUUGCAGAGGCCCUUCAGAUCACAUGACUAUUCAUAAUAGUUGUUAAAUAGAGAUAGAGCUCGUUCUGUGGAGAACUGCCAUUUCUCAAAUAGUAGUAAAUUAUUUCUUUUAUUUUCAGUUUAUUUCUGGUUAAAUACUGCUAAAGUGUCUCUAGCAGGAUAUUGUUAAUUGGGCAUUAAUUAAUCACUGUAUUAAUCUAGACUCUAAAGGGUAUAAGUGUCAGUUAUAAAAAAAAAAUUUGUAUAUUUUGUCUAUAAUUGUAUAACU